UCUCUUUUUUUUUACUAGAGAAAGAUUUCAGAAUUUGGUUUUCGGUGUUAGUUUUCUUUCCAUUUAUGGAUUUAUUUGCUUCUUCUUGCACGUUAUAGUUUUCCUAAUUGGGUAAGCUCCAAGGUAGCUUCUUCAAUUGUAUUAAUAAUAUUAUUUUUCAUUUUCUGGAGCCAUAUGUUUAUUUUCCCGAGAAAUUUUAUCCACACCAAAUCUCAACUCUGGAGUCUCUGCUACUUAAAACCCACGCAUGCUUUAGUUCCACCAAAUCUGGAAAACCAAUAGAUUUAUUUUCUUUCCUCUGCAAAAUCUCAAAGCUAUCCAGAAAAAAACUCUCUUUUGACUCACUACCCAGAUCUUGCCUAGAUUUUAUCAGUUAUUUCUCAAAAAAGGUUGAAACUUCUCAAGAUUCCUUGAAGGUGGGUCUAAGCAAUAUAUUUCAAAGAUUUCUGAUAAGCUCACUAGUCAAAAUAAAAAUGAAGUAUCAUUUGACAGUGAUUCUUGAGUUCUUUCUAUGAUUAUUUCAUAUAAAAACAAGAAAAAAGAAAACAGAGCUGGUUUAUAGUUUUUGCGGCCAUGGAGAUUCUGAGACCGGCGACGACGUCUCACGUGUCCGUUGGCAACUGGCUCAUGGAGGAGACAGAGAGCAACGUCCCCUUGGCAGCUUCUCCCGAUGCCGCCACGUGGACGGUAGCUGAGAACAAGGCGUUCGAGAAUGCUCUGGCAGUUUACGACGACAACACUCCUGACCGGUGGCAGAAAGUAGCGGCGGCGAUUCCGGGGAAGACCGUGAGUGACGUCAUCAAACAGUAUAACGACCUGGAAGCUGACCUCAGCAGCAUCGAGGCCGGUUUAAUCCCUGUUCCCGGUUACAUCACCUCCCCUUUCACUCUUGAUUGGGCCGCCGGCGGUGGUUGUGAUGGAUUUAAACCGGGUCAUCCGGUUGGUAAUAAAAGGUCGACGGCCGGAAGAUCGCCGGAGUUGGAGCGGAAGAAAGGUGUUCCUUGGACGGAGGAAGAACACAAGUUAUUUCUAAUGGGUUUGAAGAAGUACGGGAAAGGAGAUUGGAGGAACAUAUCUAGAAACUUUGUGAUAACACGAACGCCGACACAAGUCGCUAGUCACGCCCAAAAAUACUUUAUCCGGCAACAUUCCGGCGGCAAGGACAAGAGACGAGCAAGCAUACACGACAUAACCACUGUGAAUCUCCAAGACGAAGCUUCUUUGGAAACCAGCAAGAGCUCCAUCGUUGCACGAGAGCAGCGUUCAAGACUAGCCGCGUUUCCUUGGAGCCAAACGGACAACAAUGGAACGCAUGCAGACGCUUUCAACAUAACGAUUGGAAACGCUAUUAGUGGCGUUCACUCUUAUGGUCAGGCUCUGCUAGGGCCGUUUAACACCGUGGAUUCUUGCUAUGACGCGCAGAACACAAUGUUUCAGCUAUAAGUGGUGCGUGAUCUCUAAUUAAAGGGUGUACGUUAAAUUCUUAAUUUUACAUAUGGAUGAAACAAUCGUAUUUGAAAAAUUGUUAUAAUAAACGUCCAUUGUUUUCAUUGA